GCAAACAAUUUUCAGGCCCGCCGCGUCUAGCAAAAAAUAUGAGAAAAAAAUUAUUAAAAAUUCGGAAAAUAGUUGAAAGUCAAGAAAAACUCAACAGAAAGGAUGUUAAAGCGUCCGGGAGCCCUGAGUCCGGGCGGUGUUGAACACAUAAAACUGGAUAAAACAACUGCAACAGUCCUAGUCGGGCAUCGUGCCCCCGUCAGUGUAGCUGGUCUGCCUUAGGGUGCCAUGGCCACGGGAACCCAGGACCACCGUGACCACGUCCUGGAGAAAGCCAAGCUCGCACCGUUCACGGGGAGGCGCAGAAGAGCAGAAGGGAAGCCGAAGAAGAACUUCCCUUGCCAGGAGUGUCAGAAAGCUUUCAACAGUCUGGAGAAGUUGAAGGUGCACUCGUACUCACACACAGGAGAAAGACCUUACCGCUGCUCCCACCCUGACUGUACCAAGGCUUUCGUCUCCAAAUACAAGCUGCUACGGCAUAUGGCAACUCACUCGCCAGAAAAAAACCACAAGUGUUCAUACUGUGAGAAAAUGUUCCACCGCAAGGAUCACUUAAAGAAUCAUCUACACACUCACGACCCACACAAGGAGGCUUUCACCUGCCAGGAGUGUGGCAAGAGCUACAACACCAAGUUGGGUUUCAAACGCCACCUUGCCCUGCAUGCCGCCAACAGUGGAGACCUCACCUGCCAAGUGUGCCUGCAGCCAUUUCCCAGCACUGGGGUUCUGCUGGAACACCUCAAAACACAUGCUGGCAAGUCCUCUGGCGGGACCAAAGAAAAAAAGCAUCGCUGUGAACAUUGCGAGCGACGAUUUUACACCCGGAAAGAUGUGCGGCGCCACAUGGUGGUGCACACUGGACGCAAGGACUUCCUUUGUCAGUACUGUGCCCAGCGCUUCGGUAGGAAGGACCACCUGACACGUCACGUGAAAAAGAGCCACGCCCGGGAGCUGCUGAGAGUAAAAACAGAGCCAGCGGAUUCGCUGGAGCCCAUUGUCUAUGACUUGGCAUCUGGGAGCAUCAAGGGUGAGCUCCCAGGGAUGCUGACACCAAGGCCACACCAGCUCAACAUGUACACAGGCCCCAUCCUGGACACAGAGCCCUUCCCCACCUCCACACACCCGUUUUCUUUAAAGUAUCCUCUGGGCUCCAACUAUACCUCAUACACGGUCUCCUCACAGGAGCGGGAGCAGAAUCUUAAGGGAGACUUGGAGACCUACCUGAUGGAGCUGCAGAGCAGCAUGCCUUCCUCGUCCUCUGCAGCCCAAGAACCCCAACUUUCCUCCUCCAAACUUGAGUUGGUGCCUCAAGUUGGUGUGCUGGAGGAAGCAGGCGAGGAGGUGUCCCUGUCAAAAAUGUCCACCUCAGUGGCAGUCACUGUGGGCGACUCUCUGGCCUCAUCUUCAUCUCUAAUGGACUUCUCACAGCUUUUCAACUUCCUGCCACUCAAUGGGCCUCCAUACAAUCAGGUAGGAGGUAGCGGGGGACAGGGUAUCACCUUUCCACCCAAUGAAGAGCCCACACCUCUUGUCCAGCUGCCCCCCCAGGCCCCUACAGGUUCAGAAGCUGCAGAGAGUCCACUUCAAGGGCUCCCCUCCUCCUUCAUAUCCAACCUGAGCACACCCACCACACUGCCCCGCUUCCACCAAGCUUUUCAGUGACCCACUUCCACCUCCAACCAAACCGCCAAGAGACUUCCUUCUCACGCAGCCUUGUCAGUAGGCGUUUGUUAAUUGAGGGAUUGAGAGUAACGAUGAUGCUUCGCGUUGCAGCGCCGCUCUGCCCAGCAGGUCUUGACAGCCGAUGAAGUGAUGUUUGCCAUUGAUAGGGAAGGGAAUCAAUGAGCAGUAGUUCCACGUUACCUCCGAUACGCUGCAGACUCCUCAGUGCCUCCAUCGGUCCACAAAGACACACGUUUAAAACCUUUUCCAACAUCGCAUGACGCCGCAAGCCUUACUGCUCGACUAAAUCAUAUCCAAACCCAACUGGUGUCUUAAAUGCAGAACUUUAUCUGCUGCCGUUUAAAAAUCAAAGCAUAGAAAUGGCUCACAUACCAGCCGUGUUAAAACAGAUGCACACGUGUGUUUAUGACCAUCGUUAGCCGCGUAACCAUGACAGUAACAUCCACUAGCAUCACCUGUCAGUUAUUAUUAUUAUUAUAUAUUCUGUUUGUAAUUCCAACAUUUUAAAGUAUUUGCAUGAUAGAAAGAUGCACUAGGAUUAGUCUUUCUUUUGCCAUUAAAAACAUUGAGUCUUGGUUUUGAAUAUAAGCGUCACACCUUCAGUGACGUGUUGGAACAAACAUACAGAAUACAUGUAAUAAUAAUCUGACCUUUUGAAGUUCGGCAUAUAUCUCUGUAAACAGAAUAAGAGAGUAAACUACGGUUAGCACUGACGCAUCGCCGACCCCUGUUACCUCCAUUAACUGUGUUGUAUAUUUAGAUUUUUUAUAAAUGUCGUUCUGCAUUGAAUGGUUAGCAUCACUUAUGACCUCAGAUACAGGAGCGUUCCUUUUUGCAAAUUGUGGGAGAAAAAGUUCUUAUUUAGCAGUAAGCAUCUAUGAAGAGAUUUAAUUUUAUUAUUGAACAGAAAGUUUGGUUUCUCUGCUGAGGGCUGUGUAGGAAAUCAGAUUAACACCCAGAUCACAGCGUCUGCCUUGUUCCGGUUUCUAGUUCUUAUCCAGUUAAUGUGUGAAGCACUGAAUCCUCAAAUCUGUGCUGAGAGCUGACAUCAGAUGUCAGAUUCAUCAUCCUAUCGACUCAUCCUUUGACCUGAUCCGUCUUGACUCAGAUCAGAAUGAAAGCUGAGGGGGAGGUCCA